AUGUCGACUCUCUGCCCUCCACCAUCUCCAGCUGUUGCCAAGACAGAGAUUGCUUUAAGUGGUGAAUCACCUUUAUUAGCUGCUACCUUUGCUUACUGGGACAAUAUUCUUGGUCCUAGAGUGAGACACAUUUGGGCUCCAAAGACAGAACAGGUACUUCUCAGCGAUGGAGAAAUCACUUUUCUUGCCAACCACACCCUCAAUGGAGAAAUCCUUCGAAAUGCGGAGAGUGGGGCUAUAGAUGUAAAGUUUUUUGUCUUGUCUGAAAAGGGAGUAAUCAUUGUUUCAUUAAUCUUCGAUGGGAACUGGAAUGGGGAUAGGAGCACAUAUGGACUAUCGAUUAUACUUCCACAGACAGAACUUAGCUUCUACCUCCCACUUCACAGAGUGUGUGUCGAUAGAUUAACACACAUUAUCCGGAAAGGAAGGAUAUGGAUGCAUAAGGAAAGGCAAGAGAAUGUCCAGAAGAUAGUGCUAGAAGGCACAGAGAGAAUGGAAGAUCAGGGUCAGAGUAUUAUUCCAAUGCUUACUGGAGAAGUAAUUCCUGUAAUGGAACUGCUUUCAUCUAUGAAAUCACACAGUGUUCCUGAAGAAAUAGAUAUUGCUGAAACAGUUCUCAACGAUGAUGACAUUGGUGACAGUUGUCAUGAAGGCUUUCUUCUCAAUGCCAUUAGCUCACACCUGCAAACCUGUGGCUGUUCUGUUGUAGUAGGCAGCAGUGCAGAGAAAGUAAAUAAGAUAGUAAAAACAUUAUGCCUUUUUCUGACUCCGGCAGAGAGAAAAUGCUCUAGAUUAUGUGAAGCAGAAUCAUCAUUUAAAUAUGAGUCAGGACUCUUUGUCCAAGGCCUGCUAAAGGAUUCCACUGGAAGCUUUGUGCUACCCUUCCGGCAAGUCAUGUAUGCUCCCUACCCCAGCACUCACAUAGACGUGGAUGUCAACACUGUCAAGCAGAUGCCGCCCUGUCACGAGCACAUCUACAAUCAGCGCCGGUACAUGCGCUCCGAGCUGACAGCGUUCUGGAGGGCCACUUCAGAGGAGGACAUGGCUCAGGACACGGUCAUCUACACCGACGAGAGCUUCACUCCCGAUUUGAAUAUUUUUCAAGAUGUCCUACAUAGAGACACGCUAGUAAAAGCCUUCCUGGAUCAGGUCUUUCAUUUGAAGCCUGGUUUCUCUCUAAGGAGUACUUUCCUUGCACAGUUUCUGCUUGUCCUUCACAGAAAAGCUUUGACGCUAAUAAAAUAUAUAGAAGAUGAUACGCAGAAGGGGAAAAAGCCGUUUAAAUCUCUUCGGAACCUGAAGAUAGACCUUGAUUUAACAGCAGAGGGCGAUCUUAACAUAAUAAUGGCUCUAGCUGAGAAAAUUAAACCAGGCCUGCACUCCUUUAUCUUUGGAAGAUCUUUCUAUACUAGUGUACAAGAACGAGACGUUCUAAUGACUUUUUAA